AUGGCACCGUCGCCGAAAGAUAGUGUCAUUGAAGACGACCAGUAUUUUAGAGUGAUUAUCAACGAAAGGAGUGUUGACGACAUCUCUUUGGAUUUCUUUUAUAAACCGCACACCAUUACUUUACUUGUCACGUGUAUUUCUGGCCUGCUUUACUUUGCAUUUACCAGAGAUGACACCAGUCAAGGACAGAACAUCUGGAAUGGGAUCAGCUGUGUGCUGUUCUUUUUUCUCAUCAUCAGUGUCCUGGCAUUUCCUAAUGGUCCCUUUACCAGACCUCAUCCUGCUAUUUGGAGAAUAGUGUUUGGACUCAGUGUGAUUUACUUCAUGCUGCUGUUGUUUAUCCUGUUCCAAACUCGUGAGGAUAUCCGUAAGAUGAUUGUGUGGUUAUAUCCAGAACUGCACGAUUCUGGACCAGAUGAAAAGUUGUAUGCAGUAAACUGCUCAGAGAUUACGGUACAGCGGCUUUGGAAGAGCGUUGAUGUAUUUAUUCUAUGCCACUUCUUCGGCUGGGUGACCAAAGCUCUGCUGAUCCGGCACUAUGGUAUACUUUGGACCAUCAGUGUUAUGUGGGAGAUCACUGAGGUUGUAUUUGCUCAUCUGCUGCCCAACUUUGCUGAAUGUUGGUGGGAUGCCAUUGUACUGGAUGUGCUCCUGUGUAAUGGUUUGGGCAUUUGGCUGGGCAUGUGGAUCUGUCGCAAGCUGGAGAUUCGGGACUAUCACUGGGAGAGUAUCAAAGAUAUCCAUUCUACGACAGGGAAGCUUCGCAGAGCAGUGCUGCAGUUCACCCCAGUCAAUUGGGUGUAUGUGCGCUGGAUGGAUCCAAACUCCACCACCAUGAGGAUCAUCGCUCUGAAUACUUUUUUCAUCAAACACAUCUUCUUCAUUCCACCAUCCCACAUGCUAAACUUGAUCCGGCUUCUUCUGAUAUGCCUCAUCUCUGCACCCACUAUUAGACAGUACUAUGUGUAUGUCACAGAUACCAGGUGCAAGCGGGUGGGCACUCAGCUGUGGGUGUUUUGUGCAAUUUUGCUAACAGAAAGCAUUAUAUGUAUCAAAUUUGGCCUGCAGAUGUUUCGCCAGACAAUUGCCAUCAACAUUAUCACGUGGCUGUGCAUACAGAUGAUGGGCAGUUUUUUCUGUAUAUAUCUGUGUGCGCUGUUUGCCGAGCGCUGGAACAAGUGGAAG